AUGAGCUCCUUGAAGGUGGCGAGCAUCCCCUAUAUCACCGUCAUCGGCGGCAAUCAUCUAUUGGAAAAAGGGCGAGUUCCCCCAGGAGAGGAUAAACGCGGCUCGGCUCUUCACAACCCACUUGUCUCAGAAGAGGGAAAAGAGCAUGCUCGUCAAAUGUUAGAGCAGAUGGACGAGGAGCAAGCCCGACGCGAGCUAUAUAAUUUAGAGGAGAGUGCCAAAGAUCCGAACAGGGUCAUUGCUGGACUAAAAGCUGCGCAGCAUAACCCUCUAGUCACAGAGGAGGGUCGCCGCAUGGCUGCAAAGAAGCUACACGAUAUCGAAAGUGGCAAACCUGAAGAGUAG